CACACCAAAUCUCUCAUCUCCCUAUCUCUCUAUCUCUCUCUCUCUCUCUCUCUCUCUCUCUCAAAGAGCCAAACAAGAAGAAUCGUUUUUAGAGGCCGGAAAGAGGAAACAAGGUGCAAAGGAAUUGAUGGAGGGAUUGAUUCCGUUUGUUUACAGGGCAAUUGUGCAGUACAGGAAUGGCAACCAAGGCCCGCUCGCCACAUGGUUCCCUGAAUCACCGUCCGCAUCGUACAUGAGGCUUCCGGGCGAUUCGGGUCGGUUUCAAGCCUCCGACAUCCAUUUCUUCCGGCCCGACUGUGGCUUCAACAACACCAUGACGCCUUCGGCAGCAACCAGCACGGCGACGACGAUGACUUCAACCACGCAAGUGCUCGUGUCCUCCGGUGUUCAAUCUCCGGUCUGUCGUUUAACCACCCGCCGUGUCGUCGCAUGAAGAAAGAAUAAAGGAAAAUUCAUGUGACAUCGAAGAUGGUGCAAGACAAGUGUGGGGCAUGCAUGGAUUGUCAAGAAAAUUGUGCAUAGUUUCUUUGGUAUGGUUUGGUGAUUUUUUUUUUUUUUUUUUUUUGUGUCAUCAGCUAAGUUUGUGGAAACCAAAGGGGCCACACGCUUACUUUCUCUUGAUGUCUUAACUACUGUGAAAUGUGAAGGUAAUCAAAGAUGAUAAAAAGGAAAAGGAAGAUGGAAACAUAAGGCUUGUAGAUACAGCUCUUUAAGGUUCGAGGAAAAGGUUUGUACUAUGGCCGAAGGGCCAGCAUGUCAUAUGUGACUACUCAACUAUCUAUUAAUAACUAUUCUUAUGUUCUUGUCG